AUGUAUAAAUCCAAACGAACCCAAUUUGGAGGAUCAACUGCCAGUACCUUGGAUCUGUUACAGGCAUAGGAUUGUCUCUUUUGUCAAUAAUCUUAGAAAUUUUGCUGUCUGAUUACAAGAGCUCUUUACAUCAAAUAUUCAGCAAGCCAGAACUAUUACUAUCAAAAGGAUAUUAAUAUAAUACUAUUGCAAUAACGAUCUAAACAAUAUACUACUUAUAAAGAAUGGACUUAUUAUGAUACUAAUGAAUAUUUAAAACGAUUUUACUCCUUAACUGAUACAAGAUAAAAAACUAUUGUAUUAACUGAAUAUUAUAAGGUAAUUACUUUCAAAACUAUACUGAAUAGUUUCAUCGAGAUAUUCCACGUCUUUUCAUGUUGCCUAUAGCUUUAACAUUAUCUAAAUAUCAUGAUAAACGCCGAAGAAUAGAAUAUAUCAGAAUAUCUAGGAUGCUAGGAGGACAUAUUGAAUAGCCAACCCCAACAUAAAAUUCUAUCUAAACAGUAUUAAUUGAAUAAUUACAUAAACUUAGUCAUUGCAGAAUCUUUUGGGCUAGUUGAAUUUUACAAAAUAAGAAUAAUCUAAUACAUUAAUCGAAAUAUAAAAAAAUUUAAAAGAAGCCAUAAAUACAUCCAAAAACAUUCAAAAGGAAUUUGAUUCUCGUAAAUAUAAUCUACCUCUAUAACUAAAAAAUUCUGAUUAUUACAAUAAAUCAAAAUUAGAUCAUAAAUCUGAUACGAAUUCAAGAUUAGACUUUAAAGAAAACUUUAAUGAUCUAUUUUAAAAAAAAAAACCUUUAAAAAAUUCUGGUAUUUAAACCUAAAGAGAAGUUUCAUAACCUAAAGUAUAUAGCACUGAAAAAAACUGCAAAUUUUAGGUUCAAUAGAUUCCCCUCACUUAAAGGAAUGGCAAUAAUACAAAAUAAUCAAUUUCUCCUAGACCAACAACUCAAAGAUCAAUAAAACCAUAAAUUAUGUAAUUAUUAAAGCCUAACCAUAAUAACAAUAAUAAAUUAAAGGCUACUAAUAUUAUAUUAGAAUGUUUAAUGAGAAAGUUAAAUUUAGAUCAAAAGGCUAUCACAAAAUAAAAAUCCAAAUCUCCUAAUAAUCCUUCUAAUCAAUAAGUAAAAAGAAAGAGAAGAGUAAUGAGUACAAAUUAAGAAACAACAAAAAUAGAUCUGAGUUAACUUAAAUAAAAAUAAUCUUAAUUACUUUAGAGUAAAUUUGAUUAAAAUAUUAUUAAUAAAGGAUAUAAAACAGGAAGAGCCUCAGCAAUGGCUUGA